AUGGACGGCCAUCCGCACCAGCCGCGGCCGAAAUCUGCCGUGCCGUCGCACCUCCUCAAUGGAAGCUCUCCUUUGGCUCCCGUCCACGAGAACCGGAACCGAAAGGAGCGCGAGAAUCUCUUUGCUUCCAUCCAGUCAUCUAAUGGUCCUCGAAGAGAACCCAUAGACCUUGAUGGGCCAAAUGGCUUCUACUCCGACCACAAGCCUCCUAAAUCGGAAGCCAAUACAAAUGCGCGCCAUGGAGCGAGGCGGUCUUUAGAGAACCUCAACGAGGUACAUGCGCGAGAUCCAAGAGACGAAGCUGCCCCGCCUACACCUCUAGCGACCAGUCGCCCAGCAAGCCCUUUCACUCAAUACCCCACAAUCGAUUUCGAUGGCCUCAGCUGGCCGAGCUUGGGCACUCUGGCGCGGAAGGAAGCCACCGACGAGGAGAGAGAAGACAGACUGGCGAAACUGUCCAAUGCAGUGAAGACGAUACUUGAGUGCAUCGGCGAAGAUCCGGAGCGCGAGGGGCUACACGAGACUCCGGAGAGGUACGCCAAGGCUAUGCUCUACUUUACCAAGGGGUAUGAGCAGAACCUCAGGGAUAUUGUCAAUGGAGCAGUGUUUCACGAGGACCACGACGAACUCGUAAUCGUCAAGGAUAUUGAAGUCUUCUCGCUUUGCGAGCAUCAUCUGGUCCCAUUCACCGGCAAGGCAAGUCAUGCUCCCUGUACUGCGGAUAUGCACAUUGGAUAUAUCCCCAAUCGCCGUGUCUUAGGGCUCUCUAAGCUCGCGCGCAUCGCCGAAAUGUUUGCCCGAAGACUGCAGGUCCAGGAGCGGCUAACGAAGCAAGUUGCACUCGCUCUUUCAGAGGUACUUCAACCGCAAGGUGUGGGUGUUAUUAUGGAGUCAAGCCAUCUAUGCAUGGUUAUGAGAGGCGUGGAGAAGACGCAGUCAACAACCGUUACCAGCUGCAUGCUUGGUGUCAUGCGAUCCACUGCUAAGACCCGAGACGAAUUCAUGAAAUUAGCAUUGCGAAGAUGA